UGAAACCUGAAGAACUUUAUGCAUUUUCUUAUAACCCCAAAAUGCCAAAAGAUAACCGGGAGAUUGGAUGGAAGUUGAUUGAUUUAAAAGUAGAUUAUCAGCGUAUGGGAAUUCCAAAUGACUUCUGGGAAAUAACGGAUGCUAAUAAAGACUAUGAGGUCUGCAACACGUACCCUCCAGAAAUAGUGGUGCCAAAGGCUGCUAAUAAAGCAACUGUGCUUGGAAGUUCAAAGUUCAGAAGCAGAGGGCGCAUCCCAGUGCUUUCCUAUCUUUACAAAGAAAACAAUGCUGCCAUAUGUCGCUGUAGCCAGCCUCUCUCUGGGUUCAGUGCUCGCUGUCUGGAGGAUGAACAGAUGCUGCAGGCAAUUAGACAAGCCAACCCGGGGAGUCCCUUCAUGUAUGUUGUAGACACAAGGCCAAAGUUAAAUGCCAUGGCAAACCGAGCUGCUGGUAAGGGUUAUGAGAAUGAAGAUAACUAUGACAACAUUCGCUUUAAAUUCAUCGGCAUAGAGAACAUCCACGUGAUGCGGAGCAGCUUGCAGAAACUCUUGGAAGUGUGUGAAACAAAAUCUCCCUCAAUGAGUGACUUCCUUACUGGCCUGGAGAACUCAGGCUGGUUACGGCACAUUAAAGCUGUAAUGGAUGCUGGAGUCUUUCUUGCUAAGGCAGUGAAAGAAGAAAAAGCCAGUGUCUUAGUCCACUGCUCAGAUGGGUGGGAUCGUACAGCUCAAGUCUGUUCACUGGCUAGCCUCCUCUUAGAUCCGUUUUAUAGAACAUUUAAAGGACUCAUGGUUCUAAUAGAAAAGGAAUGGAUUGCGAUGGGCCACAAGUUCUCACACAGGUGUGGCCAUCUGGAUGGUGACCUAAAGGAAGUGUCCCCUGUCUUCACUCAGUUCACUGAAUGUGUCUGGCAGCUCAUGCAGCAGUUUCCCUGUGCAUUUGAAUUCAAUGAGCGGUUCCUUCUCGAAAUCCAUGACCACGUCUACUCCUGCCAGUUUGGCAACUUCCUUGGGACUUGCCAUAGGGAACGGGAGGCUCUGAAGAUUUUUGAGAAGACCCAUUCCCUGUGGCCUUUCCUAUUACAGAAGAAGCAGGAGUUCAGGAAUCCUCUGUAUAAGGGAUUCACCGCUUACAAGGAGCUUAAGCCAAACACUCUACCUUUCAGUUUCCAGUUCUGGUGUGGAAUGUAUAACCGCUUUGACAAAGGGAUGCAUCCAAAGCAGUGUGUGUUGGACCAUCUCCUCAACUGCAUGAGCCAGAAGAUGAAGUUGGAGGACAGUGCAACUGACCUGGAAAACAAGCUGCCCUUCCUAGAUGGUCCCCUGCCAGAUGAAGUUUGCUCCUUAUCUAAAAUUGUAAAUGCCUCAGUUGAGUCUUCGAAAACCCCAAUGCUGAACACUCCCCAGGAUUACGAAAGUGAACCACCUGCUCUGUUGACCAAUGGUGCCAUAGUGGAGGAAGUCGACAUCAUGCCUAGUCGGGACCAAAAGAACAAAGAGAACUUUGUUAAUCAUCAUGACCUUCCUGACCUUCACAGCACCAUGGAAGUUAUAGAAUCAGAUGUUAAAAAAGAAAAGCUGCAGUACCAGUGAUUAUCUCUUAUUGUGUACUCUGUGUGAGCCAUUCAAAUGUGGUGGUAAGGUAUGCAAAAUCUGUGCCCUGUGAAGGCAUAGCUGCCCUGACCGUGUACAACCAAGUGUUAGUGUGUGUGUGUGGAGGGGCUGUUCUUUGUGAGGUGUGUGAACAAUCUAGAGAAGGGAUUUUACCUUUAGUUUGGGUUGCAUCACCACAG